CUCCCUCUGCGACUGCGACGGUGGUUCCGGUGAGGAUGGCUGCAGCCAUGGCGGCUGCUGCUGCGGCCCGGGCCGGGCCUGGGACCCGGGGCCUGAGGGGACCUCUGCCACUCGUGGUGAUUCUCGGGGCCACGGGCACGGGCAAAUCCAAGCUGGCACUGCAGCUGGGCCAGCAGCUUGGCGGCGAGAUCGUCAGCGCCGAUUCCAUGCAGGAUCUAGAGCCAGAAGGGCUUCUUUAAUCCAACCUUCCUCUACUCCCAUUACACAGAUGAGGAAACUGAGGCCAACACAAGUAAAGUGAUUUGUUCAAGGCUACUUAGGGGGUAUAUGAGGGUCUAAAUAUCAUCACCAACAAGGUUUCUCCCCAAGAACAGAGACUCUGCCAGCACCAUAUGAUCAGCUUUGUGGAUCCCCUUGUGAUGAAUUACACUGUGGUGGACUUCAGGAACAAAGCAACUGCCCUAAUUGAAGAUAUAUUUGCUCGAGAGAAGAUCCCAAUUAUUGUGGGAGGUACCAAUUAUUAUAUUGAAUCCUUGCUCUGGAAAGUUCUGAUUAAUACCAAGGGAGAAGCUCUUUAUUCUUCAAAGGAAAUAUGUAAGGAAGAGAAAGUGAUUGACAGAAAAAUGGAAUUGGAAAAAAUGGAUGGCCAUGAAUUGCAUUACCGACUAAGCCAGGUGGACCCAGAAAUGGCAGCCAAACUGCACCCACAUGAUAAACGUAAAAUAGCUAGGAGUUUGCAAGUAUUUGAAGAAACAGGAAUCUCACAUAGUGAACUGCUCAGUCGUCAACAUGCAGAAGAAGGUGGGGGCCCCCUAGGAGGCCCCUUGAAGUUCUCUAACCCCUGUAUCUUCUGGUUACAUGCAGAUCAAGCAGUUCUAGACCAGCGCCUGGAUAAGAGGGUGGAUGAAAUGAUAGCUGCUGGACUUUUGGAAGAGCUGAAAGAAUUUCAUAGACGCUACAAUCGGGAGAAAGUUGCUGAAAAUUGUCAGAACUACCAACAUGGCAUCUUUCAGUCCAUUGGCUUCAAGGAGUUUCAUGAAUACCUGAUCAGUGAUGACCAGUGCAGUCCAGAAACCAGUAAUCUCCUCCUUACAAAAGGUAUUGAGGCUCUAAAACAAGUGACCAAGAGAUAUGCUCGGAAACAAAACAAAUGGGUCAAAAAUCGCUUCUUAAGUCGCCCUGGACCCAAUGUGCCCCCGAUUUAUGGUUUGGAGGUAACUGAUCCCUUAAAAUGGGAAGAGUCAGUUCUGGGACCUGCCCUGCAGAUUGUGGGAAGCUUCAUCCAGGGCAAGCAGCCUGUAGCCACUCCUAUAAGGAUGCAGUGUGAUGUAAAUGAGAAUAAACGGAGUCAUCACAGAUGUGAACUGUGUGACAGAAUCAUCAUUGGGGAUCGAGAAUGGGCAGCCCAUACAAGGUCCAAGUCACACCUGCACCAGCUGAAGAAAAGAAGAGUGGAUCCUGACACUUGUGCCACCUUGCCAAGUCAAAGCCAUUUCCCUGGACCUGAUGAAAGAACUCUAUGAGAGGGUUUCCCCUGUCUGGAGGAUCAAGGGAUUACAUUUUCCAUUUGAGAAGCAUGUGUCCAGCCAGGGCACAGGCUGACUGAACUCACUGGCCAGAAAGCAAUGCCUAACCUGGGAGAGGGAGAGAGGGCCAUGAGGAACCCAGUGGGCCCCUCUUGUCAGAAGAGUUUCAGAAUGGACUGUCUUCCAGCCCUGGCUGCUUAUGCCAGCUCUUCCAGAGGGGGCUGGUAACAGCUCUGGUAGGUGGGGGCAGGUUGAAAGAGUUGGUACUGUUAUAGAAAAUCUCUUUUUAAAAAAGAUACCAAGAACAUUUUUUUUACCUUUCACUAACUCUUUUGUGAAGCUGCCUCUGACUUUUAUCAGACAAAGACUGUCGCCUCCGAAGCAAAUGCUUGGCCAGGAUAAGCACUUGGAAUCCCAGGCUUCCUAAUCAGGAGUGUUUAAACAUUCAUUUAGUCACUCAACAAACAUUUGACCACUCUCUCUCUCUCUCUCUCUAUAUAUAUAUAUAUAUCUUCAAGGCUCUUUGGUUUCUUAUAUUCAAUUAUAGAAUCAUCUGAACCAGUUUCUGGUAUUUCGACUGGGAACAUUUCACCAGGGUAGUGGAAAUCAGGCUGGAACCAGUGCAAUUAUGAACGUGUAAACACAGACCAGAAAAGGAUAUUCACAUUCAAGAGACUUUAAUAAAAAUUGUUUCAUUAUCUAGUUGGGAAGGAAGCAGGUCCAUGACUGAAGACCUGAAAUAUGAAUAUUCAUGCACGUGAGAUACUGCAUAAUAAAAGUUGCCUCAUUAUCUAGUUGAGAGCCUGGCUCUGCAAGUUGAAUAAAAGAAAAGCUACGGAUGCACAAAAUCCUCUGGUUUGUUGAGACAUGGGACAUGGGACUAUUUCCAGAGCUGUCAUGAACUGUUUUAACGUUAUGGCCUCUUAAUUUGUAUCUGUUUAGGAAUAAAAUUAGUUACUAUAACUGGA